AUGACCAUACGGGCCAAAGUCCCAGCGAUACCUGAUGCUGUUGCCAUCGUGGCGCUGAUGUCCUGCACAAUCUCCGAAAGCUUCACGUGCCGGGUGCCAACGUUACCGAGCGUAAUAGCCGAUUUAUCGGGUGGACCUGGGAACCUAAUGCAGGGUAUGGUGGAUUACGCCGACAGCGACGGAUUGGCCAUGCGACACUUUAGUCAUUUCAAUAGUGAUAAGGCUUUUUCCCGUGAUUAUCACGUGCACAAGCUGGUGUGGACCCCCGAGAGCCUGGUUUGGUACAUGGACGGACAGUGGGCGCUGAAUUUGACGGUCCCUGGUUUGGAGCAGUGGCCGAAGAUGUAUAUUGGACUGGGCAUAAUGCCGGGGUUCGAAGAAAUGGCCAGUCAGAACAACGCAACAAACAAAUCGUUAUCUGAAGUAUUUCUCGUCGACUAUGUCUAUCGGAGGACCUCCAGCCUUUGCGACAUAUCCGGAUUCGAUGCCGAUAUCGUCAUCAGAGAUCUGGUGGCCAAUCCCUGUGUCCGUCUGUUGGAAGUGCCGUUAGCAAGUUUGCAAAUCGCGGAUAAUGUUUUGGGCGGAAGUGCCCGCCAUCUUUUCCGGAAAGGCUGCGCCUUUGGUUUAUACAUGCAGACCCAUUGUGACGCGGCAACAGCGAUUGCAAUUAAAACUGGAAGGUCACGAAAUAACCCGUCAGUUAUCCGUCGAUUGCUCCACGAGAUAGAAACGCGAGCCAAAGCCGGUCGCCAUCUGAAUAUCGUCAACCUGUUGGGAGUAGUCAUUAACGGUGACGUUAUGUUGCUGCUGGAGUACUGCGAAUUUGGAUCAUUGACGACUUUUUUGCGAGGACGCGCCCGCCUGGCCUUCUAUGAAAAAAACAGAUCGGACGAGGAAACACGGAAAAUCGCGAUGAGCGAAAACGGGAACCCAUCAGAAACACCAACAUCGCCAACACUUGCCGAGCCAAAGCUUAGCGGCCUGGAUCCGACUGCAUUAAUUGCGACGCUGAUUCGGUUUGCUUAUCAAACCAGCCGUGGAAUGGAGUUUCUCCAUAGCCGAGACAUUCUCCACCGCGAUCUGGCGGCGCGCAAUAUACUGUUGUUCGACACGAACGUGGUAAAAAUAUCACAUUUCGGAAUGGCCCAGCGGGGACCGCAGUACACUUUAAGCGAUCUGCAGGUAAACUGGCUUUUGGUAUCCUAG